AUGCUAUUCCUUUGUGUUAUUUCGCUUGCAAUGUGCUCGAGGAUUCAAAAGAUAUUGAGGCCAGGAGCCAAAGAGAUAUACUGGGCUGUUCUUGACAGUAAGGAUGUGGAGCUCACCAUCCAGCUGAAUCAAUACUCCGAGAUGCCUGUGUACUACAAGAUAGUCAAACCUGGAGAGAUGGACGAGGACAGCGAGGUUGGAGAGGAGCUUGUGGAGAGCGUUGACUCAAGAUACACAACGCCAGGGGCCUACAAGAUCGAGGUCUACAAUGAUGGAGCCGAGAAGGCCUCGAUAAGCAUUUACACGGAUGUCAUGUCGUCUGGAGAUGUUGACAAUGACAAUCUGGCGAUCAAGAAUCUGUUUCUCGACCUGGAAGCGAAGCUUAUGUCCCUGUACAGAACGAACACACGGUUGAAAACAAUUCAGGAAAACAACAUUGCUGAGGCCAAGAGGAUCCGGAAUGGGCUAUACAUCAUGUUUGCAAUUCCGAUCAUGUAUGUCAUUAUAGGGCUUGCCAAGCUGCAUACAACAAAGGCCAUGUUUGCACCGAAGAAGGGAUCCCGAAUCUAA